AUGGAAAAUUCAGAUAGCCUAGGCAUCACACGUUCUUGGCAAAGACCUGAACCAGGUAUGGUUAAGUGCAAUGUUCAUGCUAACUGGAGGAAUGAAGGAUCACUGGUUGGUGGCGCUUGGAUAUCUAGAGAUCAUCAAGGCAAUGUUUUGCAUCACGCUAGAGAUGCCUUCACGAGCUCCCCGAACAGACUUGCAGCUGAAUUAAGAUGUACUAUCUGGGCUCUGCAAAGUUUGAAAGAUCUUGGCUAUAACAAUGUUAUCAUUGGACUGGAUCUUAAAACGGCUUUUCAAGCUAUCUCAAAUGCAAAGCUUUGGCCUAGGUAUCGUCAUCUUCUAUCUCAGUUUGAUCACCUACGACGAGGAUUUAUAUGUGUUCGGUUUGAACAUGAAUCUACUGCGUCCAACGUUAUUGCUCAUGAUAUCGCCCAGAGUGUACUGCGUGAUGGCAUACUCAGAUCUUAUCUGGCUUUGGGAGGACCAGCAUGGCUUCACAACAGAAUCCGGAACGAGGCUUCAAACGUCAACUGCUAG